GUAAGUUUUGCAAAUGGCGGAUGUUUCUUGUAUUCAGCUGUUUCAGAAUAAAAAUGGAGGAUAGUUGUAAUGGACCAAAUACUUCAUGUACAAUUAAAUCUCAAGUUUUCCUGCAUUGUUCCCAGUGUGGAGCUGAGAAGCAUCCCGAAUGUGUUAGGGAUGAAAACACCCCAAUGCUGUUAAAGGGAGAUAUAUUCUUCGACUUCACAUGCUCAAACUGUUCGGAUUCGGGACACGAUGAAUUAUUUAGAAGUAGAAUAUCUUGGUUGGCUGCAAUUCUUCUUUCUUUAUAUAAUCUACAUCUGCAAGGAAUUGGUAGCAAGCAGGGUUAUUUUCACUGGAAAAAUAAUAUUUGUGAGUUCAUAUCAGAGCAUUGGGUUCUACUAUUCGGCCCUAAGUGUAAAAAGAAAAAAACUUGGCAGGGAGUAGUUUCCGGAAACCUGUCUUCUAAUAUUGGUCGUCUCUUCACCUCGGGAGCCGGAGACCUCAACGAGCAGGGCUGGUGGAAGUUAAAAUCAAUGGAGCACCCAGCCAUCCUAUUGGAAAAAUCAAAAAGCCUGCCCCCGAGUAAGAAGACCUGUGUACAGCUAGAGAACAAGAUUAUGGUGACUGGGGAGGACAUGUCCUUAAUCAAGAGGGAACCCAGGCAUUCAACUUCAGGUAACAGCAUGUUAAAUGCUAUAGCAUUAAAAGAAAAAAGAGAUGCCUUGUUUGUUCCAAAGACUGCUAUCAAGGGUGAAAGAAAGAGAAAAUUGAAAGACGAGGGGAACAAACGAGUUAAUAAAAAAACGGGAAAAUGUGCUGAGCUAAUAACAGAUUUCGACAAUUAUUGGGAGCUAGUGAAAGUCGGCGACAAGUAUGUCUCUGUCCCUAAAAACUCCGACGUGGUCGACCAACUGCGACUAAACGGACACGUAUCCUCGAACGUUAUAAUCACCAAGAACGUUGUGACACAGAGAAAUGGCGCGGAUAUUCCUGCGCAGAAUGGAGGCGCUUCUAUGAAGAACGGAUGCGAAAACUCGGAUUCGGAACCGCAGAAAUUUGUGAAGCGGACAUUUUCUAGAGCUAAGAAGAUUCGACCUCCUAGUACUGUCACGGACACGCUUGUACCGGCUCGAAAGGAGUUUGUACCAAAUAUAGGUACAACGUCUAGAGAUAAAAGAAUAGACUUAUCGCCAAAGGUGAAUGAUUACUCGGACACAUUACUAUUCCCCUGCUUUGAUAAUUUAACUGGAGAGAUCACUUCCCACUCCUCUACCCUCCCCUCCACCCUCCCCUCCACCUCUCCUACACGGUCCUUGAACCCCUUGGACCCAGAGCAACCUCUUCAACUAUCCCCGGAGCCUUCGCUCCAUCCCCUGUCUCCGGAUCCCCCUCUCCACUCAUUAUCUCCGGAACCUCCGUUGAACCCUCUGGUUUUCCUUCCUCAGUACGAGCUGAGCCACCUUGAUCUUGGAGGGGAGGUAGAGCUUGAGGAGAACUUUACUGAAGAGAGUUCCGAGUAUCCAGGUGUUGAAGAGGAGGAAGAAGAUGAGUUUACUCUGGCUGGAGUCGACAGUGUCUCCCUUCACCCAGGAUCUGGAGAUGAGAAUGAAUUCGAGAGUGUCGGAGAAAUACAAAACUAUCAGAGUGGUGACCCGUAUGGAGAUGAUAGCACAGCUUCAGCAAUAGUUGAUCGAACCUCACAGCCUUCUUUGGAGGAAAUAUUUGGAGAUAUUGUGACCCCACGGAACUCCGAGGAAGGUAUUAUGGGUCCCUGUGCUGAUAUUGUCCUGGAGCCUGUAUCCAGGGAUCAGGAUUCAGUGGUAGAUAUCGAUCAACCGCCAGAGCUCCCAGAACAACCAACCAGAGGCAAUAUUUUAAGCGAGGAAUUUUCAAAUCAUGUGGCUGUGAAUUAUAAAAGUGAUGACCCAACGGCGAAUGGUGAAAUUAAGAAAGACACUGAGGCGGAAGUUUUGGAAUUUGAGGCGGAGGAAGAAAGCCUUGGGGCGAACGAUGGAUGUGAUCGGGUACUGGAUAGGUUUCAAACUAAUCCUAGAGAAAGAGAGAGAUUGAAGAAAAUAUUACUUUUCAGUGGAAACUAUCCUUUACUUCAUAUUAACAGUCCUUAUUCUGGAACAAGAUUGAAACCAUUUAUUCGGAGAGAUUUUGAUAUUAUCCCUGCCAAGUUAAAAGUACUCAGAGAUAUCCAGAGUCGAGGAGACGAUUGUACAGCUGAGCAUCCUCUUGAUUUCUGUUAUGUACAACCCGGUCACAUUCCUGCUGUCAAUCACUUAGCGCAGCUUCUUUUCUGGGCAGGUAUUGAUGUUUCUGAGGUCCUUCAGUAUCCUGACUUCAGCUGCGUAGUUCUUUAUAGGAAACUAGUCAUUGGAUUUGGAUUUCUGGUGCCAGACUCGGGAUGGAAUGAGAGUUAUCUUUCAUAUUUCUUAGUUCAUCCAGAUUGGAGUAGAGCAGGAAUAGGAACAUAUAUGCUAUACCAUCUGAUACAAACCAGUUUGAGUAAAGAUAUAACCCUACAUGUAUCAGCAUCCAACCCUGCGCUACUUCUCUACCAGAAGUUUGGAUUCAAGGUGGAGGAAUUUGUCAAGGAGUUCUAUCAUAAAUAUCUUACCAAGGAGUCUACUGAUUGCAGACAUGCACUGUACAUGAGACUUUCUAGAUAGUACAUGCACUGUACAUGAGACCUUCUAGAUAGCACAUGUACUGUACACGAGACUUUCUAGAUAGCACAUGCACUGUACAUGAGACUUUCUAGAAAGCACAUGCACUGUACAUGAGACUAGAGAACACAUGCACUGUACAUGAGACUAGAGAACACAUGCGCUGCACAGGAGACUUUCUUGAUAGCACAUGUACUAUACAUGAGACUAGAGAACACAUGCAAUGUAUGUGAGACUUUCUAGAUAGUACAUGCAAUGUACAUGAGACUAGAGAACACAUGAACUGUACACGAGACUUUCUAGAUAGCACAUGCACUGUACAUGAGACUAGAGAACAUUGCACUUUACAUGAGACUUUCUAGAUAGCACAUGCACUGUACAUGAGACUAGAGAACACAUGCACUUUACAUAAGACUUUCUAGAUAGUACAUGCAAUGUUCAUAAGACUUUCUAGAUAGCGCAUGUGCAAUACAUUUCCUCUGUGGAUUUGUAAUAAAGAAAAUACAUGUACUAUGCUAGCCUUUCAUACUGAUGCAAUCUAAUUCUGUUGAACAGUAUUUUAUUUCAUAUUUCUUGAAUAUAUUCUUAUGAAACUUUGGCUGUGAUUGGGUCCAAGAUUUGACCUAAAAAACGCUUUUUUAUCAG